AUGACUGUCCCGCUCACAAACAAGCCGCUCCCGUCAAAAGCUCCGGCCACCGCAGAGACCACUGCCGUCAAGAAGCGCAGGAGACGCGCUCCGGCCGGCGGAGCUGCUGAUGACUGCUUCACCUGCUCCAAGAGGAAUGUCAAGUGUGACAGGAGAAGACCGUACUGCUCCCAGUGCCUCGAGCUCGGCAACGAAUGCUCGGGCUACAAGACGCAGCUCACCUGGGGAGUCGGUGUGGCGAGCCGUGGCAAACUUCGCGGCCUCUCAUUACCUAUAGCGAAAGCUCCUCCCGUCAGCUCCCAGACUUCCAAGAGUGCCUCAGCACGCGCCAGAGCCUCCUCUUCUGCCAACAACAGCCAUUGGCACGAGCAGGAGAGCUUCCGCCGUGACAGCCGCGGCGAUGGCGACUACACCGUGCCAGAGCACCACCUAGGCUCUUCGGUCCCAACCACGCCCUACCCUGGCUACGACUUCUCCCGCAUGGCUCCGGAAGAGGCACACGCCUCAUUAUCUCAGCCAAACUGGUCUCACUUUUCCACAAGCCUCCCGGCAGAAAGCCUAAGACUUGGCCGAAUGGGCCUCCACGUCGGACACCCCGGCGACAACCUCUCCUCAUCUAUCGACUCUCUGAGUGAUGUCGAUUACAUGUCCCCCAUGAGCCACACAUUCUCCAGGGAAGACAUCCCUUUCAUGCACAGUCCCACCGUCAUAUACGAGAGCUUCACGGGCCACAACUCCCCCGCCAUCCAGACGCCCAUCUCGACUGCUCUCCUGAGCGACCAACCCACCGUCCCGACCUCGUGCCCGAGCCUUCUAUACCCCAGCUCGGAGCACGGCUCCAGUCUGCCCUCGCAGGCAGAGCCUUUCGAGUCGCACUUGGGCGGCAAUUCGCUGCAUGACGGUGACCACGCAGAGAAUCUCAUUCUAGGCACUCCUGAUCUAGAUACUUACAGCACUAGUGCGCAGUCAAAUGGCCAUUUUUGGGGCUCCUGCCUAGACGAUGAUGCCUCAUCUCACGACCUCCCGGAGCGCAGCCCUGCGGCUUGGCCUUCAUUGCUCGAUCCCCCUUCUGUCCAUAUGGACAAUGACCUCAUAGCUAAGAUGCCCUUCUUUCUGGACUACUAUGAGAACACCAUGUGUCCUUCUAUGGUCUUCAUUGACGGGCCGAACAAUCCCUUCCGAAACAACAUCAUGCAAUUGGCCAGCGGGAGCCGCAGUCUCCAGCACGCCAUCUGCGCUCUUUCUGCCUGCAACCUAAGAAUGAAGCGCAAGCUCAGCUUAGGGCAGCACACGAGGAAUCCCUCCGAACUAUCAGAGCUUCUGAGCGACAGUCGCACAGACGAUCACGCCUUGACCGAGGAGUAUCAGCAUAGGAAUCUUGCUGUCCAUCUGCUCAAUGAACAGCUCAAUGACACCACCAAAUCGAAGCACGACUCCGUCUUGGCCACCAUCCUCAUUCUCUGCCAUUACCGCAUGGCGGAAUCGGGAAUUGCCAAGUUCCACACCCAGUUUGCUGGGGUGAAGAAGAUCCUCGCCAUGAGGCGCUCAUCCACCUUCCCUCCCUCCCGGGACUCGGCCUGGAUGGAGUCCCUUUUCACCUACUUUGACGCCAUCUCGGCAAGCAUCAAUGAUCGAGAGGCCCAGCUCGACACCAACUUCUACGGUGUCAUGCCGGAUGCGCAGCUGCUCCCUCCCGGUGCGGAAAACCUCGUUGGCUGCGACCGCGAUUUGUUCAAGACCAUCAUCAAACUCGGCAGGCUCAACCUCCUCUCUCAGCACCGCCCAGUACAGAAUGCUCUGGGUGCAACGCUCAGUCACGGCACACAAGUGCGGUCUCAAUCGCCCUUGACAUCACCUCUGGGACAUGCCUACAGGACACACCUGGGCGGUGACUCGUAUGGUUUCCCUACCAUGGAGGACGAAGACCCUUUGUCCGUCGCUCCCGGUUUUGACAGCCAGCGCAACACUUUCUGGCGCGAGUGGAAGGAGGCUCGGUCCGCCUUGCAGGCCUGGGACUUUGAGCCGCAGCGCUUCCUCUCCUCGCUGCCCGCUUCCUCGCCGCAGCCCACGUCGGCGCAGGUCCGGGACCUCGGCAGCCUGUCCGAGGCCUUUCGCUACGCCGCCCUGCUGUACACGGAGCGCCUCGCCAACCCGGCCUCGCCCUCGGAGCACAACAACUUCCGCAACCUCGUCAGCCAGAUCGUCUACUACGCCAACAGCCUCGAGACGGGCUCGGCGGCCGAGAAGUUCCUGCUCUGGCCGCUGUUCGUGGCCGGCAGCGAGUGCGUCAACGAGCUGCAGCAGAGCAUCGUGCGCAGCAAGUGCCGCAGCAUCAUGUCGCGGUCGGGCUACAUGAACAACCUCUCGGCGCUCGACGUCCUCGAGCGGCUCUGGGCCGGGGAGAUCAAGAGCGAGGCGGACGAGCGGCCGAGGACGGCGGUGGUGGUGGUCGCCGGACGGGGCAGCGGCGGUGCCGGCAGCCCCAGCGGGUCGUCGCGGGGCGCGGGCAGCAGCAAGCCGGGCCGAGGACCAUUCAACUGGACCGGCUGCAUCGGCGGGCCGGGAGUCGAAGUUGAGUGGAUCAUGUUUUAA